GCUCCCAGGAAAAAAAGGUGGCUGCCUUUAAGGUGGGUUUAUUUGCCUGCCAGAUGGGAAGUCUGUGACCAGCCCCUUUAAAAACAGGUAAAGGCAGUAAGGCUUCUCCACCCACUUGCCUUGAUCUUUCAUCAUAACUGUGGGCCAGGCAGGGAGGUUGUGCAAUGUGUGCGCUGCCGUCAGGAGGCUGCGGGAGAGGUUCAUGCACUGCCAGCGGGAGCCAAAGCUCGGCGGAGGCCUGAGCCGGGAGAGCGGGCAGGGGCUGGCAGCCAGCCCCCCUCUCCAGCCAGCAUGGAGCUGAGGACCUGGAGCGGCGGGAUCAAGCUCUCCCUGGGGCUCUUUCUCUUUGGGGCUCUCCUUCCUCCCGAGGUGCCUGGGAAAGAAGUGGAUCUGCUCGACACAAGCACUGCGCAGGGUGAACUGGGCUGGCUUCCAGACCCUCCCGAAGUAGGGUGGAGUGAAGUGCAGCAGAUGAUAAACGGUACCCCGGUCUAUAUGUACCAGGACUGCAGCGUGCUUUCCGAGGGUGACACUGAUCACUGGCUUCGCACCAACUGGAUUUAUCGGGGUGAGGCAGCCUCCCGCAUUUAUGUGGAGCUCAAGUUUACUGUGAGGGACUGCAAGAGCUUCAAAGGUGAAGUGGUGACCUGCAAAGAGACCUUCAAUCUCUAUUACAUGGAGUCUGAACAAGAUGUCGGGAUCCAGUUCCGCCGCCCGCUGUUCACCAAGCUCAACACUGUGGCAGCAGAUCGAAGUUUCACAAGCAGGGACAUUGAAUCGGGCGCCAUGCAGCUGAACACAGAAGUGUGCCCCAUUGGGAAGCUGUCUCGCCGGGGCUUCUACUUGGCUUUCCAGAACUCUGGGGCUUGCGUAGCGAUGGUGUCUGUCCGAGUGUAUUACAAGACUUGCCCAGAGACAGUGAGGGGCCUGGCCCAUUUCCCAGAGACGCUAGCAGGUUCAGAGGGGCUGACAGAAGUGCCCGGCGUCUGCGUGGAAAAUGCAGCUGAAGAAGCGGGCUCUCCCCCCAGGAUGCACUGCAGCACUGACGGGGAGUGGCUGGUACCCAUGGGCCGAUGCCUUUGUGCUGUGGGGUUUGAGGAAGUCGAUGGGAGCUGCGUAGCGUGCCAGCGAGGAUUCUACCGUCACUCCCUGGAGACUAAACACUGCCUGAAGUGCCCACCGAACAGCUUGUCCGAUGAAUCAGGGGCUACGUCUUGUCCCUGCAAUGCAGGCUUCUACCGAGCGCCUUCGGAGGGCCAGAACAUUGCUUGCACCCGCCCCCCCUCAGCUCCCCGCAAUGUCAGCUUCUCCCUUAUUGGCACGCAGCUGAGUCUGUGGUGGCAGCCACCCAGUGACAACGGUGGGCGAAAGGACCUGACUUACACAGUCUUCUGUCAGCGCUGCCAUUUCCUGUCGUGUGAGCCAUGUGAGGCUGGUGUGGUAUUCUCCCCCAGUGCUUCUGGUCUCACUAAACCUGCUGUGGAUGUGGACGGCCUAGAAGCUUACACCAACUACACAUUUGCUGUGGAAGCCCAUAAUGGUGUCUCAGGAAUGGGACCUGCUCCACAGAGAACUGCUCCAGCUGUCUGGGUCGCAGUUGGACAUGCAGCUCCGGUGACAGUAUCGCAGUUUAUCCUGACACAAAGAGAUGACAGUAGUCUUUCUGUUUCUUGGCUUGCCCCACGGCAGCGCAGCCGGACCUCAGUGGAGUAUGAGGUCAUGUUCUUUGAGAAGGGGGAGGAGGCACGUUACACAGUGAAGCACCUUCUUGAGCCAAAUGUCACUCUGACAGACCUGCAGCCAGACACAGCCUACUUGCUUCGUGUGAGAUCCAUCACACCCCUCGGGCCUGGGCCCUACUCCCCGGAGCAGGAAUUCCGCACCCUUCCACCAGACACAGGAGCUUUGUCUGGUGGAGUCAUAGUCUCUAUUAUCUUCGGAUUACUACUAUUUAUUGGGCUGCUUCUAGGACUUUUCAUCUUUCGGCAAAAGCAGGCUCGUCGGAGACAAGCACGGCCAGAUUACAAUACUUCAGGCUUUGAUCGAGAGAAGGUCUGGUUGAAGCCCUAUGUAGACCUGCAACCUUACGAUGACCCCAGCAGAGGGGUGCUGGAAUUCACUAAGGAACUAGAUGUCUCUUGCGUCACUAUGGAGAAUGUGAUUGGAGAGGGGGAGUUUGGGGAGGUCUAUCGUGGGUCCCUGCGGCUGCCAGGGAAAGAACGUAUCGUGGUUGCCAUCAAGACCCUGAAGUCGACAUAUUCAGACUCACAGUGGUGGAACUUUUUGCGCGAAGCAACAAUUAUGGGGCAAUUCAAUCACCCGAACAUUGUGCGUCUGGAAGGAGUUGUCACCAAAAGGAGGCCAAUGAUGAUCAUCACUGAGUAUAUGGAGAAUGGAGCGCUGGAUACCUUCCUCCGGGAGAAUGAGGAAAAAUUUAGCCCUGUGCAGCUUGUGAGCAUGCUGGAGGGAAUAGCCUCUGGCAUGACCUACCUUUCAGAACAUAACUAUGUGCACCGGGAUCUGGCCGCUCGCAACAUCCUGGUAACGCGCAGUCUUCAGUGCAAGGUGUCUGACUUUGGUCUCUCACGAAUAUUAGAGAAUGAUGCAGAGGGAACCUACGAAACCAAGGGUGGUAAGAUUCCCAUCCGAUGGACAGCCCCAGAGGCCAUUGCUCAUCGGAUUUUCACCUCAGCCAGUGAUGUCUGGAGCUUUGGAAUUGUCAUGUGGGAGGUGCUGUCAUUUGGUGACAAGCCAUAUGGGGACAUGUCCAAUCAAGAGGUGAUGAAAAGCUUAGAGGAUGGGUGCCGGCUCCCCCCACCUGUGGACUGCCCGUCUAUCCUCUAUGAGCUCAUGAAGAGCUGCUGGUCACACGAUCGGACGAGGAGGCCUCAUUUUCAGGAAAUCCGGGCUCAGCUGCAACAUUUCAUCUCAAGUCCCCAGCUCCUCCGGCCUGUUGCAGACUUUGAUCCCAGGGUAACGCUCCGGCUCCCCAGCUGCAGUGGCUCUGAUGGGAUCCCCUAUCGAUCCAUCCCUGAGUGGCUGGAAUCCAUUCGCAUGAAGCGCUACAUCUCCAACUUUCGCACUGCCGGCCUGGACACCAUGGAGUCUAUUCUGGAGCUCACUGCUGAGGACUUGAAACAGAUGGGAGUGUCACUUCCGGGCCACCAGAAGAGGAUCCUGUGUAGCAUCCAAGGCUUUAAGGAGUGAUCAGCCGUUGCUCUCUUAAGCUUGCUAAAUGCCCAUUCUUACCAGAUAUCACUUGGAAUCAUUCCUAUGGCAAUUGCUUCCAAAUGAGUGACUGGGACAAGCAAAGCGAAACAACCUGAACUGAAAAGGCUCAUGAGGCAACACCACCUGCUCUCAUUUCUGUUUCCCCUUGCUUUAGCUCUACAGCAGCCAUCAGUACGUUUCAGAGCACUGGUCUUAGAAACUGUUCUUAGCCCUGUCUUCUGUAGUCCAUUCUGUGCAGCACUAAGUAAUCCCUCUAGUCCACAUACUGGUGUUUCAGACCCUCAGUACAUCGCAUGGAAACACAAGGAUACGUACAAAGCGAGUUGGAGGUGGUGGAUAACGUUUUAAGAUUGGAGAUGAGGGUUCAGGUAGACUGGGACAUUGAGGGAACAUGCACAAGGACACAGACCUGUAGAGACUGGGCCCGUUCGCUCCUUGGCAUUCAUCCCUUCUCACUCAGCAGCCUUCUGUCUUCCUUAUUUUACAACGGGAACAAACUAUUCAGUCUUUCACAGGGCUGCUGGUAAGGGAUAUAUUUUUUUUUAAUUCAGCUAUUCUUGCCUUAAACACCAACUCGUGGUGUACUUCUUUGGAGGAGAAGUUGGGAGUAGCAGCACACCCUGCUGUAACUUGUGUGAUGACAUAACCUCAGCACGUUGCUGUUUUGCACAAGCACACUUCAGCGGGGAGAUUUACAUCUCUCCGACCUGCUUAAAACUUGUGCCAUGGACAGAAAACCCUUUAGAUAUACCCAUUUUUCUCUGCCCCUUUUUAAAAGAGAGAAUAGUUUUGUUUGGCUGGAUAGGGUAUUUUUAACAGAAAAAUGUGUAGGUGGUCUGUCUUAUUCCUUCUCUGUGGAGGAAAUGUUAUUAUUUAUCACAGCUCAAGACAAUUAUAGACUGUAAAUAAUAUUUUGUAAAUAAACCUGUG